AUGGUCUGCAGCCGGAGAAGCUCCAGCACGGUCCACCUUUCACCCCUCAUCUGCUCCGGGGGCCCGGGAGAGGCCCCUGUGAGCUGGGACCACUCUGCCACUGGUAUUACCCGUGUGCCCGGACCAUGCGGCGUGAGGGGUGCAGAGCUCGCCGUGUGUGGGGGACAGAGCUCGCCGUGUGUGGGGGACAGAGCUCGCCGUGUGUGGGGGACAGAGCUCGCCGUGUGUGGGGGGCAGAGCUCGCAGACGGCCCAGGUCACCGAGGCGACAGGGUGA